AUGAACCAGCCGAACAGCCAAUCAAUUGCGAUGCUUAGCGAGCCAAAGAAGUCCCGAAUCAAAUUCGUAACGACUCUCGAUGUCGGCUGCACCAUCAUCAGACACUCAUUCUACCACUCAAUUGAGCUGCCGUACCUCCCGCAAAUUGAUCUCCAGCUGAGGCAUUCCGUGCUGAAUAUGUUGGCUAGGUCAUGUCUGCGCUCAACGCGCGCGUUCGGAGCUGUUCGGAAUGGCGCCGUUAACACUACCAAGCGGACUGCCUCCUCCUCAAGCUCGUCGACCGCGGACGCUGCGUCUCCCUUCAAAUUGAAUAUGGCUGGUUCUGCGGCUACAGCGGUAGCUGUUGGGUCAAUGGCCUGGUACUACCAUCUAUACGGCCCCGAAUUACAUGCGAUGACUCCCGCAGAAGAAGGCCUUCACCCUACAAAAUACCCAUGGGUCCACGCAAAAUGGGUGAAGACUUUCGAUCAUCAAGCCCUUCGUCGAGGUUUCCAAGUCUAUCAGGAAGUUUGCGCAUCCUGCCACUCCCUUAGCCGGAUCCCAUACAGAACAUUAGUUGGUGUUACUCACACUGUCGAUGAAGCCAAAGCCAUGGCCGAAGAGAACGAAUACGAUGCCGACCCCAACGAUGAGGGGGAAAUUGAGAAGCGACCAGGAAAGCUCGCUGACUACCUCCCAAGCCCGUAUAAGAACGAUGAGGCUGCCCGUGCUGCAAACAAUGGUGCUCUUCCUCCCGAUCUCAGCUUGAUUGUCAAGGCUCGCCAUGGCGGUUGCGAUUAUAUCUUCAACUUGUUAACCGGAUACCCCGAGGAGCCACCCGCGGGCGCCGUCGUUCCAGAGGGCCUCAACUUCAACCCCUACUUCCCCGGCACCGGCAUCGCCAUGGCUCGUGUUCUCUACAAUGAGCUGGUCGAAUACGAAGAUGGAACCCCGGCUACCACCUCACAGAUGGCGAAGGAUGUAACUGAGUUCUUGAACUGGGCCGCAGAGCCGGAAAUGGACCAACGGAAGAAGAUGGGCAUCAAGGUUUUGGUUGUCACUUCCGUCUUGUUGGCAAUCAGCGUGUGGGUCAAGCGAUACAAGUGGUCUCCUAUUAAGACGAGGAAGAUCGUUUACAACCCACCAUACGCCACUAGCAAACCCCCAACUGGCCGUGGUCAUUAG